GACCUGAGCCGCGCAUGCGUCAAAGCAAAACCCUCGUGCGCGCACACCCAAGGAGGAUCCGGUAAUUAAAAACAGCGAAGAUGCGGAAAAGUGUGAAGAGAAUAGCCGGGAGCUAGCGGAGCCGGUGGAAGCUACAGGCAGCGGACAUUGUGACCUGGCGCCGGGUGUUGCUGCUGUUAAGCCGGGCUGAGACUCCAGAGAGGCUGCACUAACUCUUGGAGCUGUCCAAGUUGAUGCUUAUAAGAAGAGGAAGUCAUGCCACCAAAAGAAGUCGGUAGAUCAGAGCGAAGGAAACUGUACACCUCACUGGCAGGCGAGCUGGUGAUCAUGGCCGGGACCGUCAUGCUGGCCUACUACUUUGAGUACACCGACACCUUCAGCGUGCACGUCCAGGGCUUCUUCUGCUACGACACCACCUACACCAAGCCCUACCUGGGGCCGGAGGACAGCAGCGCCGUCCCGCCCGUCCUGCUGUACGCCCUGGUGGCAGGGCUGCCCACGCUGCUGAUCACAAUAACGGAGACGGUGUUGUUCCUGGUCCAGUACACGUCCAAGGAGUUUGACCGCUCAGAGAAGACGGUAGCCACCGGGGACUGCUGUUACCUCAACCCGCUGGUGCGCAGGACCUUCCGCUUCCUGGGAGUGUACACCUUUGGCCUCUUCACCGUUGACAUCUUUGUUAACGCGGGCCAGGUCGUGACGGGGAACCUGGCCCCCUACUUUCUGACGGUCUGUAAGCCCAACUACACGGCGCUAGGCUGCCAGCAGGCCCUGCGCUACAUCAGCCACCAGGAGGCCUGCACGGGAAACCAGGACGACAUCCUGCGCGCCCGCAAGACCUUCCCAUCCAAGGAGGCCGCACUCAGUGUCUACGCUGCCCUCUACCUGGCUAUGUACGUGACGUGCACGGUGCAGGCCAAAGGGACGCGUCUGGCCAAGCCCAUGCUGUCCCUGGGGCUCAUGUGUCUGGCCUUCCUCACCGGUCUGAACCGCGUGGCUGAAUACCGCAACCACUGGUCGGACGUCAUCGCUGGCUUCAUCAUCGGCACGGCCAUCGCCACCUUCCUGGUGGUGUGUGUAGUGCAUAACUUCAAAGGAAAGUUACUGCUGUGCGAGGAGCCGUCAGCGGAGCAGCGGCCGGACACAGGCAUGCUGAACAUCGGCCGGAUGGAGAGUCCUCUGGAGAAGUACAUCGCCUCACAGAAUCACAUCGCCUUCGCUGAGGUCACAUGACGUGGAGUCGGCCGUGUGGCAGACCCAUUGGACGUCCACCUUCUUCACCGUCCAAUCCAAUUAACUGGAGUGCAGUGCUAAACCCAUUGUCUGUGUGUCUGGUCUGUGGUAUGUUGUUCUAUGUUGUCUUCGUCAGGCCCCUGUUGUCAUUAGCAGCUUCUUGUAUUCAAG